GUUGAACGGAAUUCCCUCACACUCUUCUGUCUCACAUGCUAUCCAUAUAUUCUUCUCCUCACCCUCAUCCCUAACCCUAGUUAACUUAACCACAGUUACCCUCUCCUCAACCCUAGUCAACCGUCUCCUCCACCUUUAAUACCACACUCCUAUCUCUUCCCUCACUCCCUUUGAAGUUUCAGUGCAUUGCUUUUCCUCUCUUUGCUAACGUAAACCAUGGGUGCACUCUACAUUUUCCUCUUCACUCUCAUGUCCUUUACUAUUUCCAUUCAUGCACACAACAUUACUGAAAUCUUAAGCAAAUUCCCAGAGUACAGUGAGUUCAACAGUUACCUCACACAAACAAAACUCGCCGACGAAAUCAACAGCCGUACAACUAUCACUAUCUUAGCUUUAACCAAUGGAGCCAUGGCCGAUGUUGUCGGCAAACACCCACUUUCUGUCAUAAAAAACGUUCUUUCCCUUCACAUCUUGCUUGAUUACUUUGACAACACUAAACUCCACAAGAUCUCUGACGGCACUACACUUACCACUACCCUUUACCAAACAACUGGUAAUGCUAACGGCAACUUAGGUUCCGUUAACAUCACCGAUCUUAAAGGCGGUAAAGUGGGUUUCGGCUCAGCUGUUUCACACUCGCCAUUAGCGUCCACUUACACUAAAUCCGUGAAGCAAAUCGAGUACAAUAUCUCUGUGUUGGAGAUUAGUUCUCCGAUUAUUGCUCCGGGUAUUUUGACUGCUCCGGCACCGUCUGCUUUGGACUUUAACAUAACAGCGGCAUUGGAGAAAGCGGGAUGCAAAACAUUUGCUUCGUUGCUUGUCCAAUCUGGGGUUCUUAAGACGUAUCAAACUGCCAUUGCUACGGGUUUAACUGUCUUUGCACCUAAUGAUGAGGCGUUCAAGGGCAAAAAUGUUCCAGAUCUGAACAAACUGAAAAGUGCUGAGGUGGUUUCGCUGUUACAGUAUCAU